AUGAAUGACAUACAUCAAUCAAUACUUCCAUUAAAAAUGCUUACAAUCCGACAACGUUUACCAUUUAGUGAAGAACCAUCAGUUCAUAUGAUUAAAUUAGAACGUGGUCUUAUUCAACGUUCACUUCUUUAUUGUUUUGAAAAAGGUUAUUUUUCAUUAAUUCGUUAUUUACUUGAAUCAGGUUCAGCUAAUGCACGUGAACGUGAUAAUGAAGGUCGUAAUGGCCUUAUGUAUUGCUGUUUUGUUAAUAAUGAUUGUUGGGCACAAAAUAUUGCUAUGACUUUACUUGAAUAUGGUGCAAAAAUAGAAGAUCAAGAUCAACGUGGACUUAAUGCAUUACAUUAUGCAAUUAUAACACAACGUUUAAUUUUAGUUCGACGAUAUCUUGCUUCACUUGAUUUUGAUCUUAAUCGAACAACAGAUAUUUAUGGUAAUACAUGUUUACAUUAUGCAUGCUCAUCAGGUAAUGCUGAUAUUACUCGUUCUAUUCUUGAUGCUAUGAAACGUUAUUCAAUUGAUUUAACAAUUAAAAAUCAUUAUGGCUCAACAGCAUAUGAUAUUGCUUCUGCAUUAAAACAUGAACGUUGUCAAAAUUUAUUACGUAAUGAAAUAACACUUCAUCGAUGUAAUAAUCAAAUAUCAACAAAUAAAAAUGUAUCACAUAUAACUAUUAAAUCAUUAAUUGAAAGACGUGCAUCAAUACCAGUUCGAAUACGUCCAAUAACAUCAACAAUUCGUCCUACUGAAUCAGUUGCAUCCGUACCAAUGUGUAUAUCAAAUUCAAAAAAUUUUCGUAGUUAUUAUCCAACUACAUUAAAUUGUAAUAAUGAAAAUGUUGUUUCUCCACCAUCAAGAUUUGUUGAUCCAAUUGAAUCACGCCGUAUGACCCUUAAACGUAAUGAAAGUCUGGAUUUAUCACUUGUUAAUCAAGUUAAACAUCGAGCUGAUUUUGCUGUAUCACCAUUGAUAAGUCAAAGUGAAGUUUUUAGUUCAUCAUCAUCAACAUGGCGUGAUGAUUUUUCAAAAAUGUUUAAUCAAUUACAAACAUUUAAAACACCAUCAUAUAGAAAAACUGUUCAUGCACCAUUAAGUACUGAAUUACCAAGUGAAUUAUUCGAUAAUUCAUCCGAUAUGAGUGCUAUAGAUGGACGUGAUAGUACUCAUCAUCAAUUAUUAUCACCAACUCGAACUGGUGUAUCACAGAAAGUUACUCAUCGACGACGAAGUAGCAUAUCUAGUAACACAACACCGCAUAAGACGAAAAAGUAA